AUGAAUGCCGAUGGGCUGGAUGCCGAUACCGAGAGCCAGCCCCUCGCGCAGCAGUGGCUUGAGACUGAGCUGAUGCUGGUUGCUCCGUCCCUAGCUUCGUAUUACUUUAUCCUGCAUGGGAGGUAUGACGGCCGGCUGCCCUACGGCACCAUCCAGCGCGAGCGUGGCCUGGGAAAGUCUUGGCGCCCGAGUCUAUUCCCGCCCGCGGACCUGCAAGCAUACGCGGCCGCAUCCACAUCGCCGUUGCUCAAAGAGGGUUAG